GGCUGUGACAUUUAUCCUCCUCCUCCUCCUCUUCUCCACCACCACCACCUCCUCCAAAAUAAGCUUGUGGUGAGCUAAGCACAUACUACAAUCACAAGUGGUUGAGUAAAUAUGAGUUACUUGGGUGUUGGUGUAAGUCCUGGGAAUGUUCCAGUCUAUCAUUGCACCGAUUUGAAGGUGGUUGAUCGGAGGGUAAGGCUUGCUGAGUUGAUACUAAGGGCAGUUGUCUGUGUUCUUGCUCUUGUUGCAGUUGUUCUUGUUGCUACUGAUUCACAGGUCCAAGAGAUCUUUACCAUCCAGAAAAAAGCCAAAUUUACAGACAUGAAAGCUCUUGUGUUUUUGGUGAUAGUGAAUGGGAUAGCUGCAUCUUAUUCACUGGUGCAAACGUUAAGAUGUGGAGUGAGUAUGAUUAGGGGAAGUGUGCUCUUGAACAAGUCGUUGGCUUGGCUAAUUCUUUCCGGUGAUCAGCUUAUGGCUUACGUGAUGUUAGCGGGACUCGGGGCUGCGUUACAAUCAGCGAUCUUUGCGAAAUUUUCAGAACCGGAGCUGCAGUGGAUGAAGGUCUGCGAUAUGUAUGGGAAAUUCUGCAACCAAGGUGGAGAAGGAAUAGCAAGCUCGGUGAUUGCUUGGUUGGGCAUGGUGAUGGUCUCGGGCAUAUCAGCUUUUAGCCUGUUCCGGUUGUAUGGUGAAAAUAAGGGAACCAAAACUAGUGCAGGGUGGUAAUAAGGUUCGGCUAGGGGCCGGUCAUGUCCGGUGUACGUACUUGAGUCUGGAGUUGAGGCUCUUUGUGACUAGUAUGGAGAAUGUAUAGGGUUUAGAAGUAAAAGGUAUCUUAAAAAUGAAGAUUGUAACUUAUAUUCUUCUGCAUAUGGACAAAAGAAUAAGACUGGAUUUUGUAUUAUAUAUAGUUAUGCGCCCGUUUGAAAUAAGUAU